CCUUCAACUCGGGCACCACAGACUCCUCCGACCCGUUGCCCGGCAGGCGCCGCCGCCCGUCCCUCCCCCACGCACAUUCCCAGGACAGGAGAGUGUGGUCCGAGACACUGCCACGCACAGGAGAGUCCAUGCUCGCCCACGGCAAGAGACCGUCAGCGCUCGUCGGCGGCUUCGAGACCUCCAGCGAGGAGGAGUCCUUGCCAGACGGGGCCCGCACAAGCAGCAGCGGGACCGGCAUGACCACGCCACAUAGACCGUCAAGCAGGGACGUCUCCCACAGCGACUCUACCUGGCGGCCUGAACCACCUUCCAAGAGAUCCCAGGGCGUGGUGCUGCCGUCGUCUGCGACGGGCCAAGUGUCCAGGACGUCCGGCACUGCGCGAGAGGGGCGGCUGGACAAGCGACCCAAGCGAAAGACGUCGAAAGACACUGCUGACCGUCCUCCGUCUCGAACCUCAAGGAGGUCACCUUCGUUGAGAUCACACCUCUCUGCGCGCUCGGACGGAGGUCAUGCUGCUCAGAACGGUUUGGCCGCCCGCGGCCGUACAGCGUCGUCUCGCUCGCAGCAUGAUCCUGCCGCUCGACCAAAUCGCCAAAGCUCCAUGUCGUCCGCUAAUUCCAAACCUGUAGACCGGCUCAAACACGGCGGUGAGAGGACAAGCAGUCCCGAAGGUAGAUGGAAGGACAAGGGAAAAGGACGAGACACGACUGCAGAGAGAAAUGUCGAAGAGAGUGACAGGGAUCGAGAGCAACAGCCGAGCACAGCAGACACCCUUACUGAAAGUCUGGGUUUGACUGGAUCCGGUCCCAAUAUCAAGGAUGCAUCUUUGAAUACCGAUCAAAUACACAGUCUUCUCAGUGACUCUGACCUUGCAUCGGCAAUACGCCUGAUGAAUGAUAACAAGGCCAUAUCCCCGCGAGUACCCUUCUCCAGCUGUGCUACCGAUCCAUACAACCAUGGUACAACCUCAACAGUUGACCCUCCAUCCCAUGUCUCCCCCUACCUUGUCUCUGCGCCUCCUCCUUUAACCAACGAUUCCCCUAAUUCCCACGGUCGCGAGAGAUCUGUCUCUGCGGUCAGCAGUAUUUCCCCGGCUACGCCGACUACCUGGUCACCACAUUUCCGAUCGACAUUUGAAGUCCCUGACGGCCAUGGUCUUGGUGUCCAAAGGCAGAGGCAGAGGUCGGUUUCCAGGGCCAGCAUGUCUGCCGAAUUACCUGGCGGCCAUGUCCCUUUUACACAUCAUUUACCGGUCGUGCCGCAAGCGGAUGAGGAAGAUUCUGAUGACCGGAGCACACAGGCAGCUUCAGGUACCUUGGAGACUGCCCAACCGGUGCAGCAGCAGAGUUUUUUGCACGAGAAUAAUAAUAAUAAGAAGAAGAAGGGGGGUAAUAAUCGGAAGGGCGCCUUGAGUAGCCUGUUUCACUUUGGCCGGCGGGGUAGCAACGACUCGAAUGAUCGCAGCCCAAGACUUAAAGAAAAAGAGCACCUCUGGAGAACAGAUAGGUAUUCGGAAGAACAUGCCAAAGACCGGGAAGCACGCGAGAGAGAAGAGGAGAUGCGAAGAAUAGAAUGGGAAAGACGACAAGAAGAAAUCAUGCAAGAUCGAAGGUAUCGAGCUCUCACCCAAGUCGCAGCUCAUCCAAAUGCCGAACGUCUAGCCUAUCGGACAGGUGCCCAUCUUCGUGCAUACUACCAGCACGUCUAUGAUUGUAUCGAAAACCCUCCGCGUCUCAAUUUCCCCAAGAUGCUUCGCUGGUUGACAGAGACGGACAAGCAAAAUGCUCUUCGAGCGCAAUACUACGCCGCCUCUCAUCAUCAAGGUGAUGCCGAUCACGCUCACGAACAGCCCAACGCUAGGAGCAUUGGCUCCUCAUCGCGAGUCGACCUCAGUGGUUCGCAGAGAUCUGUCGGGAGCGGUCGCACCCAUUCCGUCUCUUCCAAUCGACGAUCGAACGACGUAUCGCCUCAAAAACGGGUCCCAGACCUCGUCAUUCCCCAUCGUGGCUGGAGAUAUACUGUCGAUGAUAUACAAGCCUUUCGAGACUCUGGCGGUGUGGUCAACUACUUUGUGCCCCCUAGACAGGUACGCGCCUGUAAUGACGAGCUGAAUGAAGAAGAGGCAUCCGCGUCCCCUCAAACUGUUGCGAAUCGCGUCGAGCACAGUCUCAAUCGAACCUAUGGCCAGAGAGCUUUAACCCCUCAAAGCCAGUCAAAGGACAUUGAUCGUCACCGGGAUGAUAACAGCUCAGCAGCUGGUAGCAGCAAAAAGGGCCACCUCCAUGAAUUUUCGUUGAGGACCGCGAAUAAUACCGCUUCCAAUGUAUCCCUGGCCGACAUGGAUCAAGGUAUGCGUGAAGCCAACUUGUCGAGGUCGACGUCGUUUGACACUGGUGGAGACAAAUCAAUCUCGGGAAGACGGGACCAUCGGGUAUCCCAUCGAAGUCAUCAAAGCCUCAGUGCCGUCGGUCAUUCAUCUCUCAGCCAUGCCCUCAAGCAGCCUUUUGAAAAGCUCAGCAGCGUUACCAAAAAACAGCGUACCAUGCCCCACUUUCAUCCAUAUGGUGAUCGUGAGAGCGGCCAGACCAACGACUUUGCCCCUUCUUCCGACCACCCUGGUGUCGCCUUGUCAGGAUUAUCCCCGUCUCCACAGCGCGCUGGACUCGUGAGCAGAGAUUCAAUGGGAUCUGUGACAAACAGGAGCAGCAGCUUGGGUCAUGCUCGUAACAACGUUAAUCGCCUAAAGGAGCCAUCAUUCUUCAAGCGGCACGGCCUUACUGGACACGAAUCCGUGACUGAUGAGGAAGGUGGUCGGCUCAAGUUGUUCAUCAAAGGUACUCGUAAGAUUGGGCUUGAUGACCACAAGAAACGGCAAGGCAAGGAUUGUACUGGGGAUUUGGUCGAGUGUAGAAAUGAGGAGUUGAAGGAGGCAGAAAGAAUCUACGCGAGGGAACAGCAGUUUAAGAACAACCAGUUACAGGCAGAGGAAGAAAAGGCAAAGGUCACAAAGGCAGAGGAGGCCGCUCUGACAAAGAUUCUGGAUCUGGAGAAGGAUAUUUAUCAGGAACGGGCACAACAUCUGGCCACCGCAAAAGACCGUCUGGCGAUUGUCAACUCCAACAUUCACAUCAUUGACGAAUCUAUGCGCCAAUACCUUGCCCAGAUUGAUUUUGCUCGCGAUGAAGCGAAAAUCAGCAUGGACCUGGAAACGGAUUGGUCAAUGGUCGAACCGCUCUAUACAAAGUACAACAGGCGCCGCUCUGUAGAAUCUGACGAGCUUCGGGAUACUGUUCCUCCCCUUCGUUCUUUCGGUAGCGGGGAUAGCAACUCUGACGGCGGUCGGUCGCAAUCAGGUCCUGUGGCUCGUCGAAAUCGUUUUCAAACUAGCUCCCGCUCUGGAUCUGGUCCGAUGCCUAAGCGCACGCUCUCCUUGCAGAAUUCGAUUGCCUUGCACCAUAUAGACCCCUUGCAAGCCCGCCACCACCCCCGUCGAACAUACCUUGCACCUGAUGGCCUGACCAGAGUGGAUCCAGUCAGGCACGCCGAGCUUAUGAUCGCGUUUGGUAAAAAGCGGGAAGAGGAAGUGGGCAAGGAGAAGGAGGAUAUGGCCAAGGAGAUGGAGAAGAUGAUUGGACAAAUUGAAGCGAUGAUCAGGCAAAAGGAAGAGGUUAGACAUUGGGUGGCGGAUGUCCUCGAAAGAGUUGGAAACGCCAAGACACAGCUUGAAAGGUUCCGGAGUCAGGAAAAUUCAUUCUUGGAUAUUGUUCACUUUGCUGAGCAACGUGACCGACUGGUGGACAGUAUUACGAAAGGCUUAGGCUUCACCAUACGCGUGGCCUGGUACGUUUUCCAGUGGAUCAAGGUCCCGUGCAAGAUAAUCAAAAUGUUUUUCCACCCGAUAUGGUUUAUCGCCACCCUCAUCUUCUCGGUCUUAAGCUUGCCGUGGACGGCUUUGAAACAGGUAACCGGACGUGACAGUCCAAAUUCGAUUGAUGCUUCAGAGGAUCCCGCAGUCGGUCGUCAACGAAGGCGGAGGGGAAUAUCGGUAAUGUGGUUGACGGGAAGUGCUCUAUCAUGUGUGAUUGCCAUGUUUUUUUGGUACUACGGUACAGACGGCUGAGCAAAAUAGCAUAUCUGAUUUUGUGUGGUAUAUAGAUAGAAUCUGGAAUUUAUUAACUGUUUUGGUAUCUAAUGUCACGACUUGUAACGAUUGCAAAUGAACCGCGUGCAAACGAUG